GGCAUCAUCGUGAUGGUCAUCGAGAACGAACUGUCCAGCGCCGGUGUCUACACCAAGGCCUCGUUUUACUCGACAGCACUGAAAACCCUGAUCUCUGUGUCUACUGUGAUACUGCUUGGCCUCAUAUUUGCUUACCAUGCCUUAGAAGUUCAGGUGCGUAUGAAAAAAAAAAAAUAAAUAAAAUAAAAUAAAAUAAAAUAUAAAAGAAGAAAAAAAAAAUCCAAUAGGCUGAGAUGUUACUCUACAUCUUUGUAGCGUGCAUGUAAACAAUUUACCGUGGACGUUACCGCAUCCGCGAAACGAGGGUGGGGACAAAAAAGAA